GGUUCGUGUAUCGGAAUAUAAAAGUUUGUGUGUGAACGUGAACAAGACGUCUGCAAUAUGUCUGCUGACUAUUUGGAAAUAUUUUUAGAUUUAGCUUAGUCGUAAAUAAUUAACGGAUCUAUUUAGAGUAAUCGAUGUCAUGGACUAUACAUGACAAACAAUAUAUUAGAUCGAUAAGGAGACGACGUGCAACGAAGUUAUGUAUUGUUGUGGAUCGAGCGAGAGCCUUACGUGUGAAUAGACGAUAUGCGCGUCACGGACAUUGUGCGCCCUGGCUCUGCGGACUGAGUGCGCGUUCUGUGACGAAAUUAUUCUCGUGCGGUCGCUACGGGUCGCGCCGCCGCUGCCUUUGUCACCGAGCGAGCACCUCGUGACGUCAACAUGGACCAGCUUGUGCAGUGUCCCGUGUGCACGCUGUUCCUGCACAAUGGGAUGAGCCUGGAGUCUCAUUUGGACACACAUCCUAAAGACCAGGUUAUCAAGGCAUUGUGUUCUUUGACAUCAAGCAAAGGCUCUAAUUAUGGAAGCAGGACUUCCACACCUAUGCAUUCAGAGAGAUCCUAUAGGAGUAGGUCACGGACACCUGCUAUUGAUGAUAGUGCCAAAUGGAAUGGAACCCGAGGUGCAGAUCAUGACAGGUUUUGGAGGAGAACACCAAGUAGAUCAGCUAAAAAUACUCCUCAGACUAACCCAUCUAGAAAUGCCACUCCAGAUAUUAGGAUUAUGGAUGUUAACUUUGAAAACCAUUCAGUUUCUGGUACUGGACCAGGACAGCAUGCAGGCAAUACAUUUAGUAUGAAAAAUGAUAAACAUCAAGACACCUUUCAGAAUCCCCCAGUGCCAGACUUUGAACCGCAGUAUGCUUACUAUCCAGAACAACCGGAAGACAGAGAGAUCAAGUUCUCUCGGAGUGCUGAAUACAAUGCUAUGGAUAGUAGUAAUUUGUUUACUUACAAUGUGCCAACUUUGGGAGGGACAGGUGUCAAGUUGGUACCAGCAGUGCCUAGAAGAGCAAAUGACCUUGUCAAAGUUUUGCCCAAACCAAAUAAUAUACUCCUCAAAAGUAAUAUGAGUGGUGUUCAAUACUUGCCACCUGGGGUGAAGCCCAUGCAUGUUGUGUUGCCAACAGCACCAGCAUUUGUACAGAAAGGAUUACAGAACAACAUGAUUAUGCCAAGUAAUGUACAAAACACACAAGUGCAAAUGAAUACCAAAUCAGCUACACCCCCUCUAGCUAGCAACCCACUUAACCAAAUUACUUCUGGUGCUUUCACUCCAGCGUCAACAGUUGUUACCCAAAACUCCCAAAUAAUAUACAGAGAAAUGGUUCACAGCAUAGACGGCAAACCUUUCAUAACUUCCAUGCCCACCAUACUGGGUGGUGAGAAUGUUACUAAUUUAGCUCAAACUAGCUCCAUGUAUCAGAAUGUUAUGGUUGUAGACCAGUUUGGGAACACUUCAUGUAUGUACACUACACCUCAACAAGUCAUGAAUAAAACUUGUCCUACAAACAUGUACAAUGAGAGUGGACCUCCUGUACCUAGUAUAAACAUAGAUAAAUCUGUUGAAAACAUAAAUGACCCUAAAACAAUAAUAAUUGAAGUAGGCCCUCUUGUAGCUCCUUCUGAGAAUGAAGAACCAAUAUGUACUGUAGCACCGCAGCAAACCUCUAGAAGUCCUGUGGACAAAACUGAGAAAACCUUGGAACCUGUAGACCCUAAAUGUGAUGCACCUGGAUCUAGUAAAGGCUUAAAAAUUUUAAGUAACAUCAAGGUCGAAGUUCCAGUUCAGCAUCACAAGAAUAUGGUGAACACUGUAAUGGAUCUCACUGGAUCCAGUGAUGCUGAUUAUGCUGUUGAAAGAUCCGAUACACCUGAGAAGAUUCUACCAGAUCUAGAUGAUAAUAAUCAAUUGAUGUCUGAUGACACCCAGCCAUCAUCAAUAUCUAGUGUUGAUAGCAUGGUCUCCCAUACCUUUUCUGUGAUAAAGAAUGUUGGCAACCCCAGCAAAACCUCAGGAGAUAAUAAAAUGGACACAGACUUUUCAGACAGUUGUCCUGUUCCAGAUUUAAUUUGUAAUGAGAAACCUUCCAUAUCACCUUGUAGUGAAUUAUCAGAGAAUUGCGACAAUUCUACCGACCGUACCUCUAUUUCUCCUAAACCCGAGAGUCGCGAAGUUAGCAUAGAACUUCCUGAAAAGAAAAUUCAGCUCUCUCAGAAGCCUGUAAGGCACAAUACACUAAGACUGAACAAUAUUUAUGUAAAAAAGCACAAGAAAGUUCUGCAAAUUAAAAACGCUAAAUCAUUUCCCCUAAAAACUACUGCUAAAAGUGACACAGACAUUACUCCCACGUCAUCUGGUUGCAGAUCACCAGAAAAUUUUACUAUGAAUAAAAUUCAUCAAACUGAUAGGAUAGAAAAUAAAGAGAAGCCAAAUCUACUACAAACUAUAUCUGUAGAAGAGAUCAAAGAACAUGAUGAUAAUAACGACUUUGAUGCUGACACAGAGGAACAGUCCAUGGAUAUAGAACCUGUAGCACCUACAAGCUUAGACCAACCGGAAGAGUAUGUUGGAGGCAUGGACUUGGUGCAGGUCAAAGAAGAAAUUAACUCCAGUAAUGAAGGAGGGUUCAGUAACGAGACGGUGACAUCGGAUCGGGAGCUCACUCCGCUAGAAACGUUACGACCUAUCAAUGUUAUCACUUACGGUAAUAUACCUAACCAAGAUUUCAAUGAAGAAUCUAACGACAGAGAAUUGUUAGACCUCGAAGCUGCUUCCAAAAAUAAACAGUUCGUAAGUAUGAUGAACGAAAACUACUUCGGUGAUAAUAUUUACGCAGAUUAUUUUACACCCGACCGUGUCGAGGCGUUCGACGCCGAACGCGAAGCGGCAGCAUUUAAGGAAGGCCCCAAAGAAGGUAUAUAUCUGUGGGGUGAGCCAUCACAGAAAGAAAAUGAGUUUGUUUUGCCCAACUUCAUACAUGAGAGUUACAAAAUAGCUGAGAGUAAUGGAAUAGAUUAUUCAGAGUUGGGUGUUAGAGAGGUGCAGGUGGAUGUGGAAGUGGAUGGGUGUGAGCGAGACAGCAAGGCUGACGUGCUCAGCGAAGGUCGUAGCGAGAGCGAGGCGCCCAUAAACAUAUGCGCCGACGAGCGCAUGCCGCCGCGUGGCGAGCUCAGCGGCCAGGAGAGCAACGGAGACAUGGAGUCACCUUGGAGUGGAAUGUACACCGAGGUACCGCCUGCUGAGCCGUACGACCUGAUAGCUCGCGAGAGCUGGGUGUCCGACGGCUCUGAUGUCGACACCAGCGAGAAGAGGGAACCCAUCGAGGAGGAGCCGCCCCUGGCGCCGAGUUUCCCGAAGGCGCGGCUGCACACGUGCCUGCAGUGCGGCGCCAAGUUCCCGACGCUGAAGGAGCUGCGCGCGCACAAGACGCUGGCGCACGCGCUGCCCACCUGCUCCGUCACCAAGACCUCGUACAGCCGCCUCGUCACCGCCAGGACCAUCAAGAAGGAGGAGAAACCUGAUAACAUCACACUCACCAACUCCCUCAUGACAUUGGACUCGAAAGAAUCGAUAACAUCAACAAUACUAGAGGUAUACGACCCUAUGGAGUCGAAACCUAAGAUCGAGGUGGACCGUAUCAUCAAACAGGAGACCAAGAGAAGACGGAGAGACUACACGUGCAGCACGUGCAAGGUGGACCAGUUGAACGAGGCCGCGUACCAGGCGCAUCUGAAGAUACACCCGCUGGAGUGCCUCACCUGCGGCAAGUGCUUCUACCGGAGAGCGAACCUAGCGCUACACUUAAAGACACAUUUAGGAAUUAAGAAUUUUAAAUGCGAGGUGUGUGAGAAGCGGUUCGGCACGCGGCAGAAGCUGAGCGAGCACCACAACGUGCACACGGGCCGCGCGCCCGUCAAGUGCACGCUCUGCAGCGACACCUUCCGCCGCUACUCCAACAUGGUGCAGCACAGAGACCGGCACCACCUGGCCAAGCGCGCCAAGGUGCGCGACUUCGUGUGCCAGUGCGGCGCGCUGUUCCACUCGCGCGCCAAGCUGCGCUGGCACCAGGAGACGCACGCGGCGCGGCCGCGCGCCUGCGCCUACUGCAGCGACAAGUUCGUGCACGCCGCCUCCCUCGCGCGCCACCUGCGCCGCAAGCACAACCACCACUUCCUGCCGCCCGCGCCCGCACCCGCGCCCGCGCCCGACAACGUGCAGUGCCCCGUCUGCAACCAGGUGUACCUGAGAUCAAACCUACGGACGCAUUUACAAACGCACACCGGCCAGCGACCGUUCCUGUGCAUCAUCUGUAACAAGUCGUUCACGACCAAAUGGAACCUGAAGCUGCACCGCUGGACGCACAUGAGCCGCUCGGCGAAGCCCUACAAGUGCUCGCUGUGCAAGGGCGCCUUCAUCCGGCAGACGGAAUACAUAUCACACAUGAACGCGCACAAGUCGGUGCGGCCCUACACGUGCAACUACUGCGGCUGCCAGUUCAUCCGCAAGUACAACUGCCAGCGACACGUGCGCGAGCACGAGAUGGCCAAGAAGUACGUGUGCAAGGUGCCCGAGUGCGGCAAGUCCUUCCACCGCAGCUACUACCUGUCCGAGCACAUGAAGGUGCACAGCGGCGCGCGGCCCUUCUCCUGCAACAUCUGCGGCAAGACGUCCAGCAACAAGUCCAACCACAACAAGCACGUCAAGAUCCACCACGCGCGCGAGCCCGUCGCCACCGAGGCCUAAGCGGCCGCCGCGUCGUCCGCACUCACACGACACACGCGACACACGCGACACACACACUGCAUACGUUACGUACGCUACGUUCGGCGAUCGAAACGCCUCUCCGUUUUUAAAUAUACCAAACGUUUUCUCUGUGAUAAUUUUGUUUGUGACAAAAAUACACUGACUAUGUGAAAGUUCGCGACGACGCACGCCGGCGGCCAUGUAAAUAUCUAGUUAAAUUUGAAUAUAUUAUAAUGUUGUAAAUACAGGACCAAGCGUGUACAUUUGGGGUGGUGUUGCGAGGUGGAGAGCAUUUUGAGGUUUACAAUAUGGAUCACCACAAAUUAUAUAUGACACUUCGUUUCUGUAGAGUAAAUGGUUAUGACAUUAGUUAAAUACUAUAAUAUAUUUGUACCUUUAUGGGGUUUUUGAUCGUUUCUCUAUUACCAAUGGUUGUGUCCGCAUUUCUUUUGGUUUCGUUUCGGGUUUCAAGACACACUGGAAUACACGUCAUUCGUUUCAGUGCUAUUGUCUUCGAGCUAUUUACAAUAUUCUAUCUGUUGAUGGAAUUGAAUACUUGAGAUGAAAUUUUCAAAAACAUAAAUUGACAAAAUAUUGACGCAAUUUCCUUUCUAGUCCACAAAUCCAUUUAUAGCCAGAAUAUUGAUAACGGCCGCCAUGGAUCCAUGGUUUGUGUGCCGGGCUUGAAAAAGAACCAAUAAAACAAUACUGUGUUUAGUUUAUCGAACAGUUUUUGAAAACAAGCUUUAAUGUAAGAACAUUCGGUAAUGGUUUAGUGCGCGAUGAGCAUUGGAGUUUGUUUUUGUGCCUUAUAGAUUGAAAGGGGGAUCGUUAUGCGUACCGUACGUGGUAUGUCUCGAUCCCGAUUGACGAUUACAUAUUGUGAUCGCAGAUCGCGAUCGACAACGUGCGGGAUCCGUUAUAAUUUCCUCCGGUCGAGGGAUCGUUGAAUGCUUGUCAGUCUACAGAAGGAUGUCUUCAUGUUAUAUGUUCGUAGCUUUCUCCCCGCCUACUGCGGGCCACUGGUUGUGAAAAUACAUUUAGUAAGCAGUAUACAAUUUGUGGUGCGACAUCAUUGAAAUAAUAAAUUAGUCAAAUUAAUAAAGGGCAUUUCGGUAUAGGUACCCCGCUACACUGUAUUAUUUUCUACUUAUUGAAUAAUUUCAUUAUGCUUCCAUUGCGACUCGGCUGGUGUCUGUGGCUCCCUGUCGUCAAGUUACCAUAAUUAUGACUUUACGUAGCAGAGAGUGACGUCACAAUCCAAUUUAUAUUUGCGUCAUUAAUCCAAUUUAGUGUUAUUAUCUGUAGCUCGUUUACACAACGAUUACAGUUUAUUUUAUGUGUAGGGUACAGGUUGAUUAGUUAUACUUGAUUGAAAGCAAUAUUGAUAAAGCCUUAACAUAAAUAAUCCAGUCGCGUGUUCUGUGAUCGUGUUGACCGCCGCGAGCCACAGCCCUCAGUGCGAGUCCUAACUAACUUAAAGUUUAGUCAAAUUGGAAACCUACAAGGGAUGAUACUAAUAACUCAUUGUAAAAUUUAACAACUUAUUUUAUUUAUGUAAAAUUUUAAAUAAUUUUAGAAAUUUUAACAUUUACUUUAUGUAAAUAUCAGUUAGUUACAUUUAGUUACAACAUUAUUAUUAAUUUAUUAU